CCCUCUAGUGUCCCAAUGUAAUAUCAGCUUGAAGAAGCAGAGGAGUCGGAGUAUCUUUAGCACCUUAUUCUGCUGCUUUCGUGACUACAAUGUCGAACCACCGUCUACCAAUAGCACCAGUGCUCUUCCUCCUCUGGUGGAGGAGAAUGGAGGACUUCAGAAGGGUGACCAGAUGCAGGUCAUGCCUAUACCAAGUGGAAUAUACUAUUUCCACGGGACUGAAGCAGUGCAGCAGUCGUUUCACUACAAGCCACCAGCUAAAUACCUCCUGCCAGAACUGACAGCAUCAGACUACGGGAAGAAGUGUGUGGUCAUUGAUUUAGAUGAAACGUUAGUGCACAGUUCAUUUAAGCCAAUUAGCAAUGCUGAUUUCAUCGUUCCUGUUGAGAUUGAUGGAACCAUACAUCAGGUUUAUGUAUUGAAACGACCACAUGUGGAUGAAUUUCUUCAGAGGAUGGGAGAGCUCUUUGAAUGUGUACUCUUCACAGCCAGUCUAGCCAAGUAUGCAGACCCAGUAGCCGACUUACUGGAUCGCUGGGGUGUGUUCAGGGCAAGGCUCUUUAGAGAAUCCUGUGUUUUCCACCGAGGAAAUUAUGUGAAGGAUCUGAGUCGACUGGGACGUGAGCUGAGUAAAGUUAUUAUAGUAGAUAAUUCUCCUGCAUCUUACAUCUUCCAUCCUGAAAAUGCAGUGCCUGUGCAGUCCUGGUUUGAUGACAUGACAGACACAGAGCUGCUAGAUCUUAUUCCUUUCUUUGAAGGACUAAGCAAAGAGGAAGAAGUUUACAGUAUGCUUCAUAAACUCUGCAACAGGUAGCCCUUAACCUUGACUGACUUCUGCUCCGAGAUUGCAGUUGCUAGAGGCUGUCUCCAUCUUCUUCAGUUCUUUCAGAUGUAAGCUUUGGGGAGGUCACUCCUGUCAGAAGUGCUACUCUUGAUCUUCCUGUUACAUUGGACACGAAGGACAAUCAUGAGUGAUGCUAUCAAGCCUUCAGAAGCCUGACUCCUAAGGUCAUGUGUUCAGACUACUUUUAUAAAGA